UUCUUAUUCACCGCAAUGACAUCAGCAAUUCUGACUCGCAUUCGAAAAAUGAUGACGUCAUUCAACCGGUUGGUGAAAUUAAUGAUCGUUGUGGAAAUAGCAAAACGCGUGACAUUGUGACUCACGUGGCGAUUGUGUUCCUUUUCUGUCUGUUGGCUCUUCUUGUUGUUGCGUUAUUAAUUGCCAUGGCUUACAACACAAACGGCGUUGUGACGUCAUCGUUGGAUCGAGAAUGGCCCUACUUAUUAGUCGAUGGACACAACGAUCUAGCAUGGUCGUACCGAAAGUGGGCGAAUAACUCUGUGUACACGGUCGACCUGAAAUCAGUGAUAUGGAACACAACAGAAGCACACACUGAUAUACCGCGGCUGAGGAAGGGUCAACUUGGCGCUCAGUUCUGGGCUUGUUAUGUCGUCUGCAAAUCCAGCUACAAGGACUCGGUUCUUCUGUCCCUCGAGCAACUUGACGUCAUCAAGAAGUUUGUCACGCGCUACUCUGAUACAUUUGAAUGGGUGACUACAUCAAAAGGGAUCAUGGGCGCGUUUAAGGCAGGAAAGAUCGGUAGCCUUGUCGGAUUAGAAGGAGGCCAUUCCAUUGACAGCAGUUUCGGCGCACUGCGCAUGUUCUAUGACCUCGGGGUCAGAUACAUGACUGUCACACAUAGCUGCAACACUCCUUGGGCAGAUAACUGGCAAGUCGAUGCUGCGGACUUCAACGUUACUGUAAUGGGAAAGCCGGUUGGUGGACUGACAGAGUUUGGGAAGAAAGUGAUUUUAGAGAUGAAUCGCAUUGGUAUGCUUGUGGACCUGUCACAUGCUGCUAAGGCGACCAUGAUUUCAACACUGGAGAUUGCGAGCGCACCCGUCAUCUUUAGCCACUCUUCUGCUUUCUCGCUCUGCAACCAUUUCCGGAAUGUACAGGAUGACGUCCUUAAACUCGUGAAAUUAAACGGCGGCCUUGUGAUGGUGAACUUUUACGAUCGUUAUAUCACUUGCUUCCCAAGCAACGAGACAAUUGCAACCCUUAGUCAAGUUGCAGAUCAUAUCGAGCAUAUCGAAAAUCUCAUCGGUGUUGAUCACGUCGGCAUUGGAGCAGAUUAUGACGGCGUACCCACACAUCCUGUUGGCCUAGAGGACGUCUCAACCUACCCGAUGCUUUUCGCGGAGCUCGUGCGGCGAGGGUGGAAUGAGGUUGACCUUCAAAAGCUUGCUGGUCGUAACCUCAUCCGGGUAUUUAGGCAGGCGGAAAAGGUGAAGGCAGAGAUGGCCCACCUCCCACCGCAGGAGAGUCAUCUCCCUUUUGACACCGCCUACCCUAGCGAGACCUGCCACACCCGACAGUAAUACUGGUUCGAUCUUUAAUGGCCACGAGUGGAGAAACGUUUUGUUACGUUUGCUAUUGUGUCUGGUUUAGUUUUGAAUUUCCAUAUGAGCAAUUACUGUUUGUUAUACCUGAUAAA